UGGGCAGAGAACCAGCAGGUCAUGAGAACGGUGCUAGAGGAGCUUGACCUUGACAAAGCUGUAAGCCAAGCAGAGAAGAAAGCCAAGCUGUACUAUCUCUCCUGCAUGGAUGCAAACGAUACUGUGGAAGAAUUAGGUGCCAAACCACUGUUAGACAUUAUCGAGGACUUGGGCGGGUGGAACGCUACAGGAACGUGGAACGAGGAGAACUGGGACUUCCCCACCCUGUUCAACAGACUUCACCAGCAGUUCGACUUGAGCCCGCUCUUUUCUGCUUGGGUCGGGACGGACGACAGGAACUCCUCUGUCAACAUUUUCCAAGUUGACCAGGGAGGGUUAGGACUGCCUGACAGAGACUACUACCUGAACAAGAGCGCGACAGACGAGGUCCUGGUGGCGUACCUGACGUACAUGACGGAGCUCGGCAUGCUGCUGGGAGGGGACCGCAACGAGACCAUGGUGCUGAUGAGUGAAGUGCUGGAUUUUGAAACGGAACUGGCAAAUAUAACAACACCAGAUGAUCAGAGACGAGACCAGGAGAUCAUGUAUCACAGAUAUAACCUCAGCUUCCUGCAGGGUAUGGCACCUAUGAUCAACUGGACCCAGUACUUCACCACGAUGCUGACAAACACAGGGAUAAGUGUCACCCCUUCAGAACAGCUGGUGGUGUAUGCACCUGAGUACCUACAACAUGUCACCAGACUUGUCAGCAGAACUCCAAACCAUGUGUUGAACAACUACCUGGUCUGGAAGGUGGUGUCCCUGUUGGCACCAUAUCUCAGUAAACCAUUCCAGGACGCAGGGCACAAGAUGACCCAGGUCCUGACUGGGAAGACCGAGAGAGAGGCCACCUGGAAGGAGUGCAUCUCCGAGACAAACGAGGUCGCCGGAUUCGCCCUGGGAGCCAUGUUUGUGAGGGAAGCUUUUCACAACAGCAAGGCCAAGGCAGAAGAGAUGAUAGGGGAGGUGAAGGGAGCCUUCAUCAGGAACCUGCCAAACCUACAGUGGAUGGAUGAUGAAACAAGAAGGGCAGCUGAGGACAAGAUGGUCCAUGACCCCACCUGAGGUCAACGCCUACUACUCGCCCAACAAGAAUGAAAUUGUCUUCCCUGCAGGUAUAUUGCAGCCGCCAUUUUAUGACCCCAACAGCCCAAAGUCACUGAACUUUGGAGGCAUAGGAGUGGUGAUGGGACAUGAAUUGACUCAUGGAUUUGAUGACUCAGGUCGUGAGUUUGAUAAGUUUGGGAACCUGAAGCCUUGGUGGAACAACGUCUCAGUAGCAAAGUUCAAACAACAAGCUCAGUGUAUGGUGGACCAGUACUCAGGGUAUACCAUUAAUGGGGAACAUGUUGAUGGGAAACAAACAUUAGGAGAGAACAUUGCUGACAACGGUGGCUUGAAGUCUGCUUUUCACGCAUAUGAAGACUGGAAGAGAAGAAAUGGGGAUGAGGUGCCUCUACCUGCUGUAGGGCUCAGUCACAACCAGCUUUUCUUUGUAUCAUUUGCUCAGGUAUGGUGUGACCGCAGGACUGAACAGAUGGCCCAUGAGGCCUUGUUAACAGACACGCACAGCCCUGCAAAGUGGAGGGUCAUCGGUACUCUGUCCAACUCCAAGGACUUUGCCAGGGCCUUCAACUGUCCAGUGGGAAGUACCAUGAACCCAAAAGACAAGUGUGAAGUCUGGUAACAUUUACACUUACAGCAUAGGAUGUAUCAUAACUGCCAAGACAUGAAGAUAUGGAACAAUUCUGGAGUGCUAUACUGGAUGUACUUAAUCAGUGUUGAUAAUGUUCCUACUGAGGAUGUUUAAGCCCUUUCCUACAAAGAUGUGAGUCAAAGCUGAGAGGCAUUGAUGAUAAUUAGGACCCAGAAGGAAAUUUACCAGGUGAGACCACUAACACAGUUUGCUGGCCAAGCUGCAGUUUAAACAAAGUAAGGUUUAUCCCAGCACCUUCUUGGAAGCCACUUGUAUGUAACGCUAGUCCACUUUUAU